AAGAAGAAGAAGAAGGCAGACGGCAGAGGGAAGUGACGUAUGAGGAAGUGAAAUGAGAACAGAAGUACAUGGCGGGAGAGAUAAUGUCGCAGUGAAAUAAGGUAAAUAUCAUAAAAUAUACUAACAAAAAACAAAGCGGAAAAGGAGAGCAAUAACCAGAGUGAAAGUAAGCCUGUAAUGUGGAGGAAACGGACAGUGAGCGCAGUGUAACCGUGACAACGAGACACGAGGACGAAUUUAAAGUGAUCAUAAAAUCGUCUCCAGACGGGCGUCGUUCGUCCAGUAGGCGGGAUUAAUGCACCUGUAAGCUGAUUUGUCAAACGCCAUCAAGCCCCGAAGAAGAACGGAGGAGGACAGCACUACUGUGGUAGAGGAGCGGUGUGUGUGCAGACAUGGCUGCUGUUGAUGAAUCGAACUGAACUUAGAGGAGAGACACAAACUAAAGUAUUGAUCCCGUCACAUCAGUGUGGAUCUGAUACCAACGUCUGUAUCGCUUCUAUUGAUGCUUGUAUCGAUCCGCUCAGCUCCAGUUGAAGCAGCAAUGAGUUCAUUUCAGUAUCUGAGAGAGUUCAUCAAGGAGAGACUAACUGCUGUUUGUGAAGAAAUCUUCUCAGAGGUUCAAAAAACCAUCGUCCAGUAUGAGGAGGAGAUCAACCGUCUGCACAGACUGCUGGAUAUCAGCUGGAAACCCGACAGAAACUCACACAUCAUAGACCUCCCACAACAACAUGACUGUGAGGAAGAGGAGGGUCUGGAUGAGCAGCAGGUCUGUAACCAGGAGAGGAACUCCAGUCUGGACCAGGAGGACCCAGAGCCUCCACAGAUUAAAGAGGAACAAGAGGAGCUCUGCAGCAGUCAGGAGGGAGAGCAGCUUGGACUGAAGCAGGAAGCUGAAGGCAUUAUUGUCUGGACUGAUGAAGAGCAGCUCAGACAGAUGGAGACCAUCUGUAAACCUGAGAUAAAGUUACACAGAAUAGAUGUUGUACAGCAGCAUGCUUUUAAGGAAGAGGAGGUUCUUACAGACCAGCAGGUCUGUAACCAGGAGAGGAACUCCAGUCUGGACCAGGAGGACCCAGAGCCUCCACAGAUUAAAGAGAAACAGGAGGAACUUUGCAGCAGUCAGGAGGGAGAGCAGCUUGGACUGAAGCAGGAGGCUGAAGGCAUUAUCGUCUGGACUGAUGAAGAGCAGCUCAGACAGAUGGAGACCAUCUGUAAACCUGAGAUAAGGUUACACAGAAUAGGUAUGUAAAACUGAUGUUUUAUUAAAAGUGAAUAUGACUCACAGGAGUCACAGUGGAACAGUGGUUAGCACUGUUGGCUCACAGCAACAAGGUCCUGAGUUUGACUCCACCAUGUGUCCGGGCCUUUCUGUGUGGAGUUUGCAUGUUCUCCCCUUGUUCACUCUCCAGAGACAUGCAGACAGCUGGGUUAGGUUAAUAGGUUGCAUUUAUUUUCAGAGUCACAGGAAGAAUUGAAGGCCUAAAAGUAAAAAGCAGCAUGAAUGAAUCUCUUCGGCCUAAUUUUCUGUUUUCACACUUCCACCAUUAAUUCAUGCAAAAAGGUGAAAAUUGGUGCAUAAGAAUUCAGCAGAAUAAAAGAUGUGAAACAUCUGAGUUUAAAAAUUUCCACCCACUGCUCAGGAAAAAUCUGCACAGAGACACAAAGCCAACAACACAAGUUUCAUUUUGUUCUGUUAUCAGUUUAAGUUAAAGAAUUACAUGUUUCCUCUGCAGCAUGGAAUUGGUGAGAUUUGAACAGUUUACAGGUCUGGGUAAGUAUGAAUAAAUAUUUCUAUUCUGUUCUGGAAAAUAUUGAAUUCAGAGUUUCUAAACUGAAAUUUAUCAGACGAAGACCGUUUUUAUGGCAUUUCAGGCACAGCCAAAACGUUUACCACUGUGUAAGAGAGCUCUGCUCCAGCAUGCCUUCUUAUAACUAUAGCCAAUCCAGACAUCCACAUUCAUUUAACAAAAAACAUUUAUUUAUUUCUAGGGCUGCCACGAUUAGUCGACCAUCAAAAUCGUUGAUGACUAAUUUAAUAGUCAACGUGUCGUGUGAAGUUUUAUAAGAUUUAAGAUUGUAAUAAUGGACUGCAUGUACAAGAAUGACAGCUGCCGUUAUACCCCGAAGAAGAAGUAGUGUUCGGUAUUGUAGCUGUGUCCAAAUUCAGGGCCUGCAUCCUUCGGAGUCUGCAUUUGUAGGCCGAUUACGUUUGCAGCGAUGCAAUGAAGGCUGUCCAAAUUUGAAGACUCCUCCAAAUGCGGCCUACAAAUGUGUCCUUCAUUUCACCAGAUUUGAAGGAUGGGUCAGGUGUAUCCUGCGUGGCCCAACCUAUCCCAGGAAUCAUAGCGCGCCCCAGCCAAUUUACAUUCCCAACAAUGGUGUGUUGCAAAAACCAGUUUCACCCCGGUUCGUGUAUUCGUCAGGCCUCCAGAAAGAACACCGGGACUCAGUAGUCAAUUAACAAUACUUUUAUUAAUACACACUUAUUGAUUAUACCUUCUAGAAGGGAGAUGUACAGAACCCCGGACUUUCUCUGCAGAUCUCAACCCCUUUGUCUGUUACAUGCAGUUUUGUAUAAGUGACCCCCCUUCUAAACCCUCUACGAGGUGCCAUAAAACCAAGUGCUAUGUUUACAUACUUUUACUUGUGUGUGUGCGAGCACGUGAAUGCCUACAUGUGCGCGUUCCCGCGUGUCUAUGUGAGUGCUCGUGAGUGACUGUGUGCGCAUACCUGAUAUGUGCGUGCACGUGAGUGAGUGUGCAUAUAGGUGUGGGAGUAUAUCAGUUAAAGCACUGUGGGUGUGUGUCUCUAUGUACGUGACUCCCUAGAGGUCAUAAGAACCCAUCUCCCUUCCAGACCACAGUUAUCCAGUUACAAAUCUACUUCUAAGCUCAUGACACAAUCAGGCCUUUAUUACAUUGAGGGCAGUGUCAGUGUCUCUACAAUAAUUCUAGAUUCUGUCUUAACACAUUUCUAAACUCUAAAAUAAGCUAAACAUCCCUACAAAUGGCAGCUACUUAGUUUUAAUAGUACUC